AUGUCGCUCGACCGGCAAUCCGCUCGCGUGGCCAACUCGGUCAACUCGCCCGCCAAAAAGCUCCGCAUCGGCUUCAUUCACCCGGACCUCGGCAUCGGCGGAGCGGAAAAGUUCAUCGUCGACGCCGCCGUAUCCCUCCAGGAGCUCGGACACGAGGUCGUCAUCUUCACCUCCCACCACGACACCAAGCACUGCUUCGAGGCCACCCGCGAUGGCACCCUCAAGGUCCAGGUCAUGCGCACCCGCAUCCCCCGCUCCCUCUUCAACCGCCUCCACCUCCCCAUGGCCAUCCUCCAGCAGCUCUCGCUCAUCUUCCAGCUCAUCCUCUCCAUCACGCUGCUAAAGUACCCGGGAACCAUGCCCACCUUCGUCUCGAGCCGCCUUACGAGCUCGCCGCCCAUCCCCGAGUUUGACCUCUUCUUCAUGGACCAGCUCUCGGCCGGAAUCCCCUGGCUCAAGAUCAUCACCAGCACCCGCAUCCUCUACUACUGCCACUUCCCCGACAAGGACAUCGGCAGCUCCAUCGCCCUGCAAAAGGCCCUCGCCCGCGGCCACUCUGGACCCUCGGUCUUCAGGAAGAUCUACCGCCUGCCGCUCGACCUCAUCGAGGAAGGCACGACGGACUAUGCCGACAAGAUCCUCGUCAACUCCGACUUUACCUCGAAGCAGUUUGUCAAGAGCUUCUACCGGCUGCGACGUCAGCCGCGAACCCUCUAUCCCGGCGUCGACGUGCGGGCCCUGCGGGCCGACGAGGUGCAGAAGCAGCUCGACAAGCUCAUCGACGAGGCCGUCGGCGAUCGCCUCAAGAACGCCAUCAUCGAUCUCUGCUGCGACACUGACCGCCUGACGCUGCUCUCCAUCAACCGCUUCGAGGCCAAGAAGAAUGUUGCCCUCGGCCUCGAGGCCUUUGCCACGGCGCAGAAGCAGCACGCCGCCAGCGGAAGACCCGGCCGGCUCCGCCUGGUCCUGGCGGGCGGGUACGACCACCGCGUCCGCGACAACAUCGACACGCUGGCCGAGCUGCAGAAGCAGUCCGAAGAGCUGGGCCUCAAGCACCUCACGCUCAGUUACAACGGCAAGGCACUGGAGCCGCCCAUCUCUCCGCCGCCUGCGUUCGACAUCGCCCAGGCGGCGGUCAUCUUCCUCCCCUCGCUGCCUGGGCCGCUACUCCACACGCUCCUGCUCAACCAGUCGACCCAGAUGCUCCUCUACACGCCGACCGAGGAGCACUUUGGCAUCGUCCCGCUCGAGGCCAUGACCUGCGGCGUGCCCGUCCUCGCCACCAAUACGGGAGGGCCGCUCGAGACGGUCGUCGACCUGUCCCUCGACGAGGACGGCAAGCCCACCAACCUGGCCGAGGGCACCGGCCUGCUGCGCCACGCGUCGCCGGGCAUCUGGGCCGUGUCGAUCCAGGCGCUGCUCAGCCUGAGCGACGACGAGAGGCGGACAGUGAGCCAGGUGGCGCGCAAGAGGGUGCAGGACAAGUUUUCGCUCGAGAAGAUGAGCGACGACCUCGAGCGCGCAUGCUACGAGGUCUUCCAGAUGGGCUACGUCAAACCCGACGAGGGUCUGCUGCAGUGGGGAUCAACAGCCGGCAUGUUCGUCAUGAUGAUGACCCUCUUCAUCAUCAACAUCUACUACUCUGCGGGCCGGUCUUCAAAGUGA